AUUUUCAAGAAGCAAUUAAAAGAAUUACCCUCAACAGAGAGGGUACUCACCUACUUCUAGUAACAUUGUGUGAGCAUGUUAUCCAAAUCAACCAAUGAGAUGUUUAUCAAUAGUAAGGGGGCUGAAGUCAAGUGAGCCAAUCAUGACCGGCAAAACACAGACCAGUAAUGUCACCAAUAAGAAUGAUCCCAAGUCCAUCAACUCCAGAGUCUUCAUUGGCAAUCUCAACACAGCUAUUGUCAAAAAAGGUGACAUAGAGGCAAUCUUUGCAAAGUAUGGAAAAAUAGUUGGCUGCUCAGUGCACAAAGGUUAUGCGUUUGUACAGUACAUGAGUGAAAGGCACGCAAGAGCUGCUGUAGCAGGAGAGAAUGCCAGAAUCAUUGCAGGACAACCACUUGGGCCCUUUUUUCAUUCUACUGACAAGGAAUUAAGAAGCACUUAUCAUCUGUGA